AUGGUGGGUGAUUCGAAAGUGAAGGUUCCAAUAGCAUUCGGAAUGAAGUUAUCACCGUCUUUGAACAAACCAGUUGUUGAUAUGUCUCUCUAUCGACAAAUGAUAGGUUCAUUGAUGUUUCAAGCAAAUCCUUUUGAACCUCACAUGACGGCUGUAAAGAAUAUCUUCAGAUAUCUUAAACGAACCACUUCGCUCAGAAUAUGGUACCCUUCUAAUUCAGGGUUCUUUGCGCAAGCGUUCUCAGAUGCUGAUCUUGGCGGAUGCCGUCUUAAUCAUAAAAGUACCAUGGAAGGAUGUCAAUUUCUUGAAGGAAAACUCGUCAGCUGGAAAUCUAAAAAGCAAACUUGUGUCUCACUAUCUACUGUUGAAGCUGAUUAG